CUUUUCCUACCUUUCUCCCCCACUUUUCCCCAUCUCUCUCUCUCUCUCUCUCUCUCUCUCUGCGACAAUUAUCAGAACACAAGCCCAUCGCUCUUAGAUCGUAGCUUCAAAUCAUGGCGUCAUCCAUUGAAGAUGGAGAAGAAAGAGAUAUAGAGAAGGGAACACUGAUUCAAAAGCCGAAUCAGAAUCAAAACCCUUCUAUGGAUCCUUCGCCUACCCCUUCCCCGACGGCCACUGCAACUGCCCCGGCACUGGUUCUUUCCAAUUCAGGCAAGAGAAUGGAUCAGGCGGGAAGAAAGAAGUAUGUGAAGCAAGUCACGGGUCGCCACAACGACACCGAGCUGCACUUAGCGGCACAACGAGGUGAUUUGGAUGCUGUACAGAAGAUUCUGAAAGAUAUUAACUCGCAGAUGGAGGGGACUUUGAGCGGGGAAGACUUCGACACUGAGGUGGCGGAGAUCCGAGCUUCAAUCGUGAACGAGGUGAACGAGUUGGGGGAGACAGCCUUGUUCACGGCUUCAGACAAAGGGCAUCUCGAUGUCGUCAAGGAGUUGUUGAAGUAUUCGAAUAAGGACAGCAUUUCGAAGAAGAACCGGUCUGGGUUUGAUCCACUGCAUAUUGCUGCCAUACAAGGACAUCAUGAUAUUGUUCAAGUUCUGCUCGAUAAUGAUCCGACGCUUAGCCACACGUUUGGUCCAUCGAAUGCAACUCCUCUUGUGUCUGCGGCAAUGAGAGGCCAUACAGCUGUUGUCAAUGAACUCUUAUCCAAAGCCGGGAAUCUGCUCGAGAUUUCUCGAUCCAACGGUAAAAACGCAUUGCAUUUUGCUGCGAGGCAAGGGCAUGUAGAGAUCAUAAAAGCUCUGCUCGCCAAAGAUGCGCAGCUAGCACGAAGGAUCGACAAGAAAGGACAGACCGCCGUCCACAUGGCUGUGAAAGGGCAGAGUGCCGAAGUGGUGAAACUGCUCCUCGAGGCUGAUCCCGCCAUUGUUAUGCUACCAGACAAGUCCUCUAACACGGCAUUACAUGUCGCUACAAGGAAAAAACGGGCUGAGAUUGUGGAGCUAUUGUUGUCAUUGCCCGAUACCAACGCAAACGCACUAACCCGUGACCGGAAAACCGCCCUGGACAUAGCUGAGGGGCUUCCACUCUCGGAAGAAUCAUCGUACAUAAAAGAAUGCCUGGUUCGACGUGGCGCCCUCCGGGCCAACGAGUUGAACCAGCCGAGGGACGAGCUGAGAAGCACCGUGAGCCAGAUAAAAAACGACGUCCACAUCCAGCUUGAGCAGACCAAAAGGACGAACAAAAACGUACACAACAUCUCAAAGGAACUGAGGAAACUCCACCGGGAAGGGAUCAACAACGCGACAAACUCGGUCACUGUUGUGGCCGUACUCUUUGCAACCGUGGCUUUUGCGGCGAUAUUCACGGUGCCCGGAGGAGACAACAACAACGGGUCCGCGGUAGUGGUAAGACGGGCAUCGUUCAAGAUCUUCUUCAUCUUCAACGCCAUAGCACUGUUCACGUCACUAGCGGUGGUGGUCGUGCAAAUCACGCUGGUAAGAGGAGAGACGAAGGCGGAGAAGAGGGUGGUGGAAGUGAUCAACAAGCUGAUGUGGCUGGCGUCGAUGUGUACGUCGGUGGCGUUUCUGGCAUCGUCGUACAUAGUCGUCGGGAGGAAGAACAAGUGGGCAGCCGAGCUGGUGACAGUGGUCGGGGGAGUGAUAAUGGCGGGGGUUCUCGGGACGAUGACUUACUACGUGGUGAAGUCGAAGAGGACGAGAUCGAUGAGGAAGAGAGUGAAGAGUGCGAGAAGAAGCAGUUCCAAUUCUUUUCACCAUUCCGAUUUCUCCAACUCGGACGUCGAUCCCAUUUUUGCUUUGUGAGAAUGCGAGAGUAUUAACUCUUGUGUACAUACAUACAUAUAUACAUAUAUGCGUUUGUGUCGGAA